CGCCGAUAUGAAUGGCCCGUGAUGGGCUGGCCUCAAAUUCGUGCACGUAAAAAGGAAGACUUCGAAACUUACUACGGCGCUCCUUUUAUAUGUUCACGUCAGCAUUGCGGUGCAACUCAGUCCGUACACAUUGGUCAAGAAGAGGUCCCGUAGGGUUCUUUCUGCAUAACAUGACGAAAGGAUUGAACACGCGUCUCGCUGGCUGCAUCAUCGCCAUGCUCGUCCUGGAGGUGACCGCCGGAGGCUAUGGCGACGUCGCAUGGAACACGGGUGGCCACGGAUACGGCUACGGCGGAGGCGACCGCAGCAGCGAAGAAAGCCACGAACGGCACCAUCACCACGGCCAGCAGAGCUACGGGCACAACCUACAGCCGCUGUACGGUGGCCAUCCGACGUACAUACAGCGGCCCGUGCAGCACUCCGGCUAUGCCCCUACCUACGGCUCACAGCAUGGACACACGGGUCUGCUGCACAACGUCGCGGGCAAGUUCCACGGAUGAACCAGAGAAGACUACCUAGCAAAGUGCAAAAACAUGGAUUCAAGUGUGUAGCGUUACUCUUCGUCAUAACGUUUCUUGGUACGCCGGUGUUCGUAAUAAAUGUUUGCGAGUGCGGACAACCCUACCUCUCACUGACUACCGUUGAUGCAGUAGAGCGUUACAUAAGCCUAAAGGUAUUGCUUGUUUUUAUGCGCUUCAUUCUCGCAUAGUUUAGCGAUAAGGCAAGACUACCUAGGCUCUAGCAAAGCUCCUCUGUGCACUUAAGAAUUAGGGCACUCAUUUGUCACAGACACCGCACUUCCGGGAAUUUGUGCCUUCACCUUGGUCCGGUAUUCCAGUAGUUUCUUUUUGUAAUAUGCUCGUUCCUCACUUAAGGAAGAUUACCGAGUAGCAAUAAGUAAUGUAUCGUCUGAGCCCGUUCACUUGAGAGUGCAAAUGAACACAACAAUGGUAUCUCAUAUAGGUAAACUCAAGGGCAAUAGGCGAUAUCUUGAAAUAUGACAGCUCGUCUACUGUAAUAUGACUGAAUAAUUACGUACGCUUGUUUUCUAUUUAUGUAUUUAUUCCUUCAUUUAUUGUGUUCUUAUUCAGUAGGUGUAUCCAAGUGGUAGUCAUUCUGCUACGACAUAUGGAAGGAUACACUGUUUAUCGUAUUACUUUCUCUUUCGGUGUCGAGUUUCUUAUUUCGUAACUUUCACACAAUAUCGCGCAAAGAGAUUUGCCAUUUGCGAAAAAUUCUUCCACAGUCGUUUGCAUAUUAAUAGACACAACUAAAGGCGUAAGCCUAUUUCUUCCCGCGCUUCAGGUGCAUCAGCACGAGUUAUGGGGGAAGAGGUGGUUUGUCACCAGCUUUAUAGUGCCUAUAAAUCCAUACUUCUGUCUUUUGUGCCUGUGUAUAUUCCUAUUUUUGAUUUUUUGCAGCAAUGCGAGAUCGAAGCCACCCUUUCACCAUUGAAAUAGAGUGGUUUGCGGGCCUUUUGUAUUUGUGCUACCUCCUUAUUAUAUCAGAAGAAAUGUACUGAAUGUGUUGGCUACAGCAUGCGGAUUAGAACAAUAAUAUUAAUAAUAUUGAUAUUAUUAUUGAUAAUACUAAUACUAAUAAUAAUAAUAACAAUAAGAAGAAGAAGUACCCCAAUACUCUAUAAUGUAUAAAAGCAUGGACGUGCCAGAAGAAAUGUUCGCCACAUAAUAAUAAUAAUUAUCAAGCGGCCCCUCAUAUGCCCAGAAAAGCAUUGUGAAGCGAUAGCUUGCAGCAGCUAGCGCAAUGUGGUUGCGGCUUUCAGACCUCUCUACUCAACUCGACGGCAGUUUUCUUCAAGGUCAACACUGGUAACGUCACCAGUGUUGACCUUGUUGUAACCACGUUUUAUAGGUGCCAUCGCGCUUUUUCAUUCCCUCACUUCUCGCCUACACAUGGGUUACUGUUAUGACAUGUGCCAUCUUCAUUUUUUGACCGCCGAAUGUAUGUGCGUACAACAGAUCGUUCCGGUUUUUUUUCCUCAUGUUUAUUCGGCCCAGUGUUACAGUUGGUCUGCAGAAUUCUUUUAAGUUAUCUGCACAAGUGUGAGUGACGAUGUGGUCAUGUGCCGGGGAUACUUGUUGAAAUAGCCUAUGCUCUGAU